AUGCAGUACUCCAAAUUCCAACCGUUGAGAGCAUUUCCCCGGGAAAACAUCCAACGUGAAUUGAAACUAAAAUUCCAAGCACUCUCCACAAAUGAUCGCUCUCGCCAUCUCAUUUCACACAAACCCUUCUCUCCCCUUGCCAAUAUUCUUGAUCCUCAUAGCCCAAAGAGCGCGAAAUCUGCAACUUUCACAAGAAGAUCCGAAUUCCGUUUACCAGGAAGAGCCGAAACGACUCGCUUUGUGCACUCAGUCGCUGAUUCUGAUCAACCCAGCGAGUUUCGACGAGACCCAGAUCACCAAUCAACUAUUUUUGUUCAAAAUCUACUCAAGUUUCGAAGGGACAAGCCGGCGGAGGAGAUUGAGCGUGCUCUCGAUCUAUGCGAGCUCACGCUGAGCGAGGAUUUGGUGCUGAACGUACUUCAGCGGCAUCGUUCGGAUUGGAGACCAGCGUAUGUAUUUUUCGAGUGGGUUUGUAAAAGAGGAAGAGAAGGAAGUGCUUACUCACCUGGGUCGGUUGUUUACAAUGAGGUUCUUGAUAUUCUUGGGAAAUUGCGGCGUUUUGAGGAGCUUGUCAAAGUGCUCGACGAAAUGUCGAGCAGAAAGGGCCUUGUCAAUGAAGAGACCUAUGGGAUUUUGAUCAAUAGAUUUGCGGCUGCUCAUAAGGUGGAGGACGCAAUUGGUGUAUUCAAUAGGAGGAAAGAGUUUGGAUUAGACAGUGAUUUGGUUCCAUUUCAGAGGCUUUUAAUGUGGUUAUGCCGGUAUAAGCAUGUGGAGGCUGCGGAAACUUUAUUUCAUUCAAAGCGAUACGAGUUUGGUUGCGAUAUCAAGACCUGGAAUAUCAUUCUCAACGGCUGGUGCGUGUUGGGGAAUGUUUACGAGGCAAAAAGGUUUUGGAAUGAAAUAAUUGCAUCUAAAUGUCGGCCGGAUUUGUUCACGCACGGGACUUUCAUAAACGCUCUGACAAAGAAGGGGAAAUUGGGCACCGCGAUCAAGUUGUUCCGAGCUAUGCGGGAGAAUGGUUUGAACCCAGAUGUAGUGAUCUGCAAUUGUAUCAUUUAUGCGCUUUGUUUCAAGAAGAGGAUCCCUGAAGCUUUGGAAGUUUUUGAGGAAAUGAAGGAGCGGGGCUGUCUACCAAAUGCGGCGACUUACAACUCGCUAAUCAAGCACCUCUGUAAGAUAAGGAGGAUGGAAAAGGUAUACGAGCUUUUGGAAGAAAUGGAACAGAAGAAGGGCAGUUGUUUGCCAACUGAUAAAACCUGGAAUUACUUGCUCAAGUCCUUGAAGAAACCAGAGGAAGUUCCAGAGCUUAUGGAAAGGAUGGAGAGAAAUGGGUGUCAGAUGACUUGUGACACAUACAAUUUGAUGUUGAAGUUGUAUAUGGAUUGGGAUGAUGAGGCAAGAGUAAGAUAUACAUGGGAGGAGAUGGAGAGAAACGGGAUGGGACAUGACCGUCGAUCUUAUACUAUUAUGAUCCAUGGCUUCUAUGACAAGGGGAGAAUACGAGAUGCGCUGCGUUUUUUCAGGCAGAUGAUAUCGAAGGGAAUGGUGCCAGAGCCAAGGACCAAUAUAUUUGUCGAUGACAUGAACGACAAGUUGAAAAUGAGAGCAGGCGAACAAGUGGAAAUUUCAGCAGAGGUGGAUGGCAGCUCAUAGAGAGAUAGAGAAGCAACCAAACGAGGAGUUGAUUCUGCAUUUACCUUUAGAGAAGCAUUGCGCGAUAGGUUUUUGUAGAAACUGAGCGACCUGAAUGUACUUGUCAUCUUAACUGAUUUGAAGAAGAAGAAAAAGAAGAUGCACUAAAAAGUGAAAGAGAAUUGCUCAGCUUUGAGGGGAGGGUCAAACAAGCUAACAAUAGGGUUGCCAUCUCUGUCUCUCUUGCUUGGUUUUUAUCCAUGGGAGGAAUCCGGUCAGGGGGUAUGCUAAACUUAAUAUAAACUGGUGCAGCCUUGGCACUCCAGGGGGAAGUGGAGGGGGAGAAGUGAUUUGGGAUGAA